AAGCGCGAUUUUUAUCCUGUUGCUCAGCUGUUGACAUUGCUCGCAGCUUUCUGCUAUCGCGUUGUUUUAGCGAUAUGAGGGGUGUUUUGCAUUUGCUUGUACAAAAAAACUUCUUGUUUAUAUUUAUCAAUAUUUAAUGAAUUCACAUAGUACAUUCCAAUAUCUUUUACAAUAUAUUGGAAUAUAAAUUACAAUAUAAGUAAGCGGUUUUACGUUCAGAGACAAUUUCUUUUCCAAAAAAUUAAAGAUGGUUAUUGACCGGCUUGGAGAUUUGAAAGCAGUUUUGAAGGAUAACUAUGAAGCUUCUAAUGAAAUUACAAUUAACAUGGAUUACACAGAUUCAUACCUUUCGGAAUUUUUUAUGGAGGUGGAAUCAAUAACAAAUAGCCUUGAUAAAAUUGUUGCUUCUGUUGAAGAACUAAAAAAGAAACACAAUGCUAUAUUUUCAUCACCAACACCAAACGAAAAAGUCAAACAAGAGUUGGAAAGUCUGAUGGCUGAUAUCAAGAGAUUAUCUUCUUCAGUAAGACAAAAACUGAAGU